AUGCGCAGUGGGCAUCUGGGUGAAAAGAUGUCCGAUCGACUACGUAGCCAGCAGAGGGCGGCCUGUGUUGCAGUGGUCAAUCUGCUCACCUUCGACCUCCUGAUGCCGGGGUACAAUCUAGGAGGAGGUUUAUGGACCAAAACAGAGUUUAUGGCGGGCACAGAUUCUGAAUAUCAUGUAAAGACUUCGUGGAUUCCAGAGUUUGAAGGUGAAGCCCGCGUCAUGGGAAUCAAAAAUAUGUCUAUGGAUGGAGUCGGGUUCACAUGA